CCAGUCGGUAGAUGGCAACGCUGUGUCCAAUUCAACCACUUGAGUUUUCAAGAGACCCUCGCUGAUCUUGUGGGCAUGCAUGCACAUACUGCUCUUCUCGUGUAAUACAUUGUAACUUCAUUUUACAGUGAACAUUAAGACCUCGCGACUGCUUCAACUCGCCCGCGUACAUCUCGCGUACCAAAAAGCAACCUUAAAACCAUGUCGACAGUCUUUUCCUUUCAGACACAGCUCGUCUCCAUCAUGGACGCGUUAUCCAAAACAGCUGUAAUGGAAAUAAGCAAACUGGUCGAGAUCGAGUCUAAGAUGCUGAAAAUAGAGAUAACUCGAGGGCGGAACGAGAUUGCCUCGCUCACAGAGAAACUGCAGCUGAUGGAGAAAUUGCUUUUCAUUGCACAGGGGAGCAGGCAGGACGCAGCAGUUGCAGCGUGCUCAGUGGUGAGGGGCGGUUGUGAGGAUGGAGUGCCAGAGCCUGACAGGACGAGACCUGCCAUAAAAAGUGAGAGUCCAUGGGAAAGCAUAACUUCGUGCACCGAGAGGAACAGUUUGCAUCAAGGUGAAGAGCAUGCAGCAGCAGGACCUGAACUCCCAAAUCCAUCAAAAGAGCAGCCUGAAUUGAUAGUUGUAAAGGAAGAGCCAUCAGAAUUGGACAAUGGAGGCACCGAACAAGAUAAAACAGGUGAAAACAGAAGGGAAGCAGUCGCAGACACUGAGAAGAGUCCAGAUGAGACCCAGCGUCCUAAACCCAUUGCAGAACAUCAGCAGCCUCUGUUUCCUGACAGCUUUGUGAUCCUGAGCACCCAGUCGUCUCUCACUGGACCAGGGAGGAGGGAAGUGCAGUGGAAUCCACUGCUGACACCUGCACACACAAACCUUGAGGCGGGGAAAGGUUUGGCUCAAAAUGCUGCCUCCCAAAGCCUGAGUGUGCUCAGGAAUAUGAAGCUUCACAACUUGAGGAACUCGGCUGCUAAGAGGUUUGGCUGCUUGCAGUGCGGCAAGAGCUUCAGAUGCUUUAGCCAGCUUGAAAUACACCAAAGAAGUCACACGGGAGAGAAACCGUUCAGGUGCACACUUUGUGGAAAGAGAUACGCACAAAAGGGGCAUCUGUAUACACACCAGCGCACACACACUGGGGAGAAGCCAUACCGCUGUCCCAUUUGUGGAAAGGGCUUUAUUCAGAAAUGCACUCUCGAUAUGCAUCAGCGGACACACACCGGAGAAAAACCUUUUGUUUGUAUCAAGUGUGGCAAGGGUUUUACAAAGAACUGUAAUCUGAAAAAACACCUCGCGGUACAUCUAGAUCCUAGCUUGAACAUGUAUGGUAGUGACUCUAAUGCACCGACAUUUAGUGGGACAUUCAUAAAUGGAACCACUAAACAGACCUCGGUGUGUGUGUCAUGCGGUAAAGCGGGUGUGUCGUGUCCUACGUUCUACUCCGGACCCGUUUCCCACAAUCCCUUGCGGCGCUACGCUAUCGCACAUUUGAUUAAAAAGGCAACGUCGCUAAACUGGGAAUCCUGCCAAAAUUUCGAAAUAUUCAUCCUCCCCGUCGAGAUGAUGUGCGACACCACGAACCGAAAUUUUCGCACGCAGCUGGCAGCUGUCCUGGACAAGCUAACGAAGGCGGCUUUGGUUGAAAUAGGCAACCUGGCGGACGAAUGCUCUUCCGUCCUUCACACCGAGAUAUCCCUGCACAAGACGGAGAACGAGGCGCUGAAGAAGAGGUGCUACUCACUGGAGGUCCAGCUGAGAGCAGCGAGGGAGGCGCAGACAUAUCCCUCACAUGUCAACAGUGUCAGCCGCAGACACCUCGCAGAACAGCAGCAAUCUGCUCCAGCUAUCGAUGGAGUUUUUGGAAAGGACUGGUGCAUGGAUCUGUGGAGAGAAGAUAAACUCCCAUCUCAAAGAAAAGAGACGGUGGAACCUGCUGCUAUGACAAGCAUAGAAGCGCAGGGAAUCGACUUAUUAGACAGAGAGCCUGAUCUCAUCUUUGUCAAGGAGGAGACAUAUGAUGAUCAUCCCAUUGGUCAACAGAUGAGGCUUACAGAUAACAGAAAAGUUGCUGGGAUUUUUGAGGAGGACAACAUGCUUCAUAGAUCAGUCGAUGAGCUGCAGCUUCACUCAGGGGAAUUAAACAACUUCCCCAUGAUGGCUGACAGUCAGUCACAACUACGCACACAGCCAACAAUUAUGGACAAGUUAAUAGAUGAUGCCACGAUGAGCACUCUGAUUGACAACACAAACCCUCCUUCAGCUACCGCUGAGUACUCCGACUAUACGAACAAUAUCCACAUGAAUGCAACCAAAGAAUUCGCCAUUCAGCCAAAACCUGUGAAGCCAGCCAAACAGUUCGAGUGCUUAUUCUGUGGGAAAAUAUUCAACUAUUUGAGCAGUUUAAAAGUCCACGUCAGGCGACACUCUGGCGAGAAGCCUUUCAGCUGCUCAGUUUGCGGUAAGAGGUUUGCACAGAAAACGUACCUGAAACUGCACCAGCGUGUGCACUCCGGGGAGAAACCUUACAGCUGUCCAGACUGCGGAAAAAGUUUUUCCCAGAAAAGCUCUCUGAACAUACACCUUCGAACACACACUGGUGAAAAGCCUUAUAGCUGUGUAGACUGUGGGAAAUGUUAUGCAUAUAAGUAUGGUUUAAAUCACCACCAGUGUUUCAACUGACAGAUCAAACCUCAUGGUCCAGAGUAAGAAGUCCACUCUGAUCAGAACUGCUACUUAAAAGUGCUCCCUGUAUUGCUCAGAGUGGCCCAACAUGUGCCAAAAUGUCCAUAUGAAUUGCAGAGGUAGAGGUAAAGUGUACAUUUUCUCCAUCUAUAUCAAAGAAAAGCUUUUUUUUCAGCCCAUAUGGUUAGUGGUGUUGUGUCUUUAGCUUUAAUGCUAAGACAUGUUGUAGCAGUCAAACAGGGAUAUAGAGAAAAAUCUGUCAUUUCUAGUAUGUCAUUUGAUUGGGUGGAACUGGGUUAAUUCGACUGGUUGGGGGCUUCAUCGGCAAAUGUUUGAUGCCCUAAAGUCGAGUCAGUUUCACAUCAUAACUGGUAAGCGUCACAGAUCAGAUGACGUACAUUUGCUGCCUACUUUUACAUGUGAGUUGCUCGUCCCAAUGAUACUUACAAUCCAUUCAUUGCACAUUGUCAUAGGAUUUUAACAUGUUAUACAUACCUCAGUGUCAGAUUUCCGACCACAAAAGGCUUUUGUCAAAUAAUGCCAAAAUACUUACUUUUGACAAGUGCUUCAUUGUUUGCACACAUUGCACAGACCAUCAAAACUACCUCUUCACAACAAUGUAGAUGAGAAAAACUCAGCCUGUUUGCUUUGUUGCUGCUUAAUUUUUUUCCUCCUAUGUCAUUACUCAUUGGUUGUCACUUACAUGGACAGACAAGUGGGUAGGUAUAUUUCUUCAGAAACUGUCAGAUCAUCUUUAAAUUACUGAGAAGUUAUUUGGAUCUACAUGUUGUCACAGUUCAAAAAUGUUUUUGUAUGGCUUGUUAUAGAAGCCAGAUUUUAUUAUCACUGUGCUGUCAAGCCAAA